CUUGCGCAUGCGCAUAUCUACUGCCAUCGGUCUUGAACGAACGUCAACCUCCGCCCAAUCACAUGUCCCUUUUUACACCAGACAGUUCUUCCAUUGAGGCUGGACAGCGUUAAGCCAAACCUGACUCGAGCUGGACCAUCUGCGUCUUUUGCUGGUAUAAUUGGACAUCUGUUGGUUCAGCGCCAGUCAGUCCCCUGUUUCUUUUUGAAAUGAAGUUGACACACGGGGUAGAUGGAGAUGCCUCGGAACUGGAUCCCCCGUCGAUUAAUCCCUUCGUUCACGACGUCAAAUUUAGCCUCUCAGACAAAAUCAAGAUCGGGCUGAUGUCGGUGACGGUGUUCCCGGUGCGUGUGCUGCUGACGGCGUUCGUCAUGCUGCUGGCCUGGCCCUUCGCCUUUGCCGCCUCCCUGGGCCGCUCGGAAGGCGCCGUGGAGCCCCAGUCCUGCUGGAGGAGGCUGGUUGACGUCUGCCUGCGUGUCCUCAUGCGAUCCUUGUGGUUCUGCACUGGCUUCCACUGGGUCCGGGUCAAAGGGACGCCCGCCCCCCCUUCCCAGGUGCCCAUCCUCACCAUGGCCCCCCACUCGACCUACUUCGAUGCCAUUCCGGUUACCAUGACGAUGAGCUCCAUCGUCACGAAGCUGGAGAGCAUGAGCAUCCCUGUGUGGGGCACCCUGAUCAGCUACAUCCGACCUGUGCUGGUGUUCCGCACUGACCAGGACUCCCGGAGGAAGACCGUGGAGGAGAUCAAGCGAAGAGCUCACUCCAGUGGGCAGUGGCCCCAGAUCAUGAUAUUCCCAGAGGGAACGUGCACCAACCGAUCAGGUGUGAUCCGAUUCAAACCAGGUGCAUUCAUACCAGGACUCCCAGUGCAGCCGGUGGUUUUGCGGUAUCCCAACAAACUGGAUACUGUUACAUGGACGUGGCAAGGCCCUGGCGCCGCCAAGAUCUUCUGGCUGACCCUGUGCCAGCUCCACAACUCCAUAGAGAUAGAGUACCUGCCCGUAUACACACCCUCUGAGGAAGAGAAGAGCGAUCCUGCGUUGUUCGCUAACAAUGUCAGGCAGGUCAUGGCAAAGGCGCUGCAGCUGCCACUCACAGAUUUGACAUUGGAAGACCUGCAGUUGAGCCUAUCACAGGGGCCUCUGUGUAUUGCGAGAAACGGCAGCCUGCUUGCUUUCAACCGACACAUAUGCCGUUUGGGGCUGCGAGCGAAGACCACAGACCCAGAGCUGGCGCAGCAGGCCAGCAGAGCCAGGAAGCUUUGGGAAGACCGGCUGGGCUUAGAUGACUUUGCCCUGCACCUAGGCCUACCCCACUCCGACACACUAUCAAAAAUACACAAGCUCUUUGAUAAGAGGGGAGACGGGAAGAUAGAUGUGCGACAGUACGUCAUCGCUCUUUCUGCAGUUUGCCGGCUGUCCCGGCCCAUGGCGACUCUGAAACUAGCCUUUGAGAUGUACGAAACACACAGAGAGGACGCGGACUCAGUGUUGGAGGACACGGACGUGGUAGCCGUGUUGGAAGCCAUGCUGGGAGUUAGCGAUCAGGACUUCUCUGAACUCCUGAAAGCCGCCCAACCUGAGCCCACGGGGAAGAUCACAUACGGGGGUCUGCGCGGGGGCGUUGGAGCAGGAGCCAGGCCUGGUCCGGCGGGGCAUGCGCUGCCAAAACACCCCGCCCUGUCACACCCCCGCCCUGUCACACCUCCAGCAACGGCUCCAACGGACGGCCAGGCCACCAGAAGCACGACUGACGGACGGCUGCAGGACCCCAAGACCCCCCCCCCCCCCCCCCCCCCCCCCCCCGCUUGAAAAUAAUAUGAAAAAAAAAAAAAGAGGAAACGUUGUAGAACGGAACAAUUUAAGCACAGGUUUAUGAGAAGGAAAAGAAUGGGGGACUACUUAAGGUGACAGACUAAGAUCUCAGGUGUGUGAUUGGAUGGGAGCCAGGAAGUGUUUGGUCUGGCUGCUCUCUCCCUAUAGGUUCUGCUUCUUUGCCUCUUGGGUGUCAGGGACUCCAAGGCCAUUUAUGGACGCAUGGAUUAUUUCUUCUUUUUUUUAAUGAAUGGGAUGCAACUACACUGACUCUAUAUUUCUAAAUGUAUUUUCUUAUGUCAAACUAUGAAUAUUUAUUGUACCAGUUAACAAAAAGAGCAUUUAUUUUUAUGUUAUUGUUGGUUUUGUUACAUGGAACAUAAUAUUAUCAGUGGUAGAGGAUUGUUGACUAAUAUCAUAAUCGCCUAUACAUUAUUACUACAACAUUAUGCUGCUCAAAAAUAACCAAUCAGGAAUGACUGAAUGCUCUUUCUUUGCCAUACCAAAAACAUUCCAACAUUUAGCAGGCAUCUGCCAGACCUAAACAACUGCCAACAGACCAAUAGCAUUAGCUAUCAGCUUUUGCAUUUAGCCAAGGAACUGGAAGUAAACUGAAUUUAUAGGUUACUUCUGAUCUAAUAUGGAAAAAUAUAAAAAAGGGUUUAAGCAUACGGCACAAUGAAUCUAUAAAAUAUAAGUGUUUCAAAGGGCCUCGCACACCAAGCAGCUAACAGAACCAAGAU